GCGCGCGACCAAUUUUCUAUCUGCGACAGCCAUCCUUCAAUUUUCUCUCUGCGACAGCCAUCUUGCCAUUUUGUUUCUCUUUCACGACGCUACACCCAUCCUUCGAUUUUGCCUCUCUUCCUUAACACCCAUCAUUCCAUUCUCUUUAUAUUUAACCGUGCCAUCAUUGGUGUCUCUGCGUGGGUAGUCUACACUCUCUGGGCAUGCUUCUGCUGUUUGCCUUUUCUGUUUUGGUGUUUCUGUGUGGGUAUUCUCUCUCUUUCAGUUUUGUUUCGCAUUUGGCAGUAGAGAGAAAUUUUUGUCUUGUUAUAAAUAUACCUUCUAAUAUAAAUUUCCCAUGAUUUACGAUUUUUUACCUCUCCUCCGAUCCUAGGUAAGAUCCCGAUCUUGACAACAUUGGUUGGGUGCAUUGAAUAUUCCUCAUGUAAAAUUGUUUAGUUGGUGAAUGGUGGAUUAGAUAUCUGUGAAUCCAUUCAUUAGAUCACUAAAGGAUGUUUUUUCUCUCUCUUUUUUAAAUCGAUUUUUUUUAUCGAUCAAUACUUCAAUUUCGGUUGAUCCAUUACAAUUCAAAAUUAUUCUAGUCGCCCUCUUGUUACUCCUAGUUUUCUAUUUCUCGUAUUGCUGUUAAGCUCUCACCCUAGCUGCAGCUUCUUUAUGAAUGAGUGAGUUUGCCUCCUACAAUUUACAACUGAUAAACAUAUUGGCUUCCCUUGCAUUUCUUAUGCUUAUGUUGUGUUGUCCAAUGACUGAGGUAUUGCAAAGGGUACUAGAAUAUGUUAAAUUACAACAUUUAGUCGGAAGUUUUUUUUUAUUAGUUAAAUUUACUAAAUGCAAUUUGACUGCUGUCUGUUUCAGCUGUAGCUGUCAUUUUAAAAGUUUAGUAGUGAUUUUGAUUUCCACUGAUGCGCUCAUCAAAUUCUUGAUUUCCCAAGUCACAUUUAGAAACUCUGAAAUUUCAGUUAUGUGAAAAAUCUAUAAUGUGUGUUGGCUUUUGGUCCUCUUUGUAUUGAUAUUAUUGUUGUUGUUGCUUUGUGUUUCGUCUUCUCUGAUAAUCAUCAUAAAAUUCAUAAACUCCUUGGUGGCUGGAGUUUGAGAGACGACGAGAUAUCUUCAACUCAUACAGUCUGAAAUAUUGGAGUGAUUUUUGUGGUUAUUGGUGACAUAUGAAUAAAUCCAUCAUUUAUGAGAUCCCAACUACUUCCAUCUACUUUCCCUGUCUAGCAUUUCGUAACUAAAUUGUUUUUUUUGUCUAAUUUUACACAGUUUUAUGGUUAUGAAUGGCGUGGCAUGGGCUUGGAAAGAGGAGAAUAUAUAUGAAUUUUACCAGAGCUUUGACUACAACACCAUUUAGGCGUGUGGCAGGGUCAAAUUUUGCAUCUAGCUUUGCCUCACAAUCUGUUUAUGCAUCGGCAAGAUGCAUUCUAGAUUUUGUCAACCACUCAUCUCGAGAACAGGCUUGUUAUGGCAGUGAGACUAAAGAAUGUGCAAUACGGUGCUUCCAUGGUAGCUCACAAGUUUGGGCAAGGAAUGAUGCACCAUUUGGUUUGAAGACUCCAAAGAAGGAGAAAUAUGUGAGAAGGGACAGUAGAAACCAGCCACCCGUUGAAGCUCCAUAUAUCCCUCGUAAUGUCACAGCUACCAAAUCUAAUCCUGAUAAAACCAUAGAAAUAUUUGAAGGCAUGACCCUUGUUGAACUGGCAAAGCGCACCGGAAGAUCAGUAUCUUCUUUGCAGGAUAUCCUCACGAAUGUUGGUGAAAAGGUUGAAUCAGAGUUUGAGCCUCUCGGCAUGGAUAUUGCAGAACUUGCCGCAAUGGAAGUUGGCGUAAAUGUCAAGAGGCUACACUCGGCUGAAGGCACAGAAAUUGUACCACGUCCUGCAGUUGUAACAGUGAUGGGUCAUGUUGAUCAUGGUAAAACUUCUCUUCUUGAUGCCUUGCGUCAAACAUCAGUAGCAGCCAGGGAGGCUGGUGGCAUAACUCAACAUCUAGGUGCCUUUGUGGUGGUCAUGCCAUCAGGAGCAUCAACCACAUUUCUUGAUACUCCUGGUCAUGCUGCAUUUAGUGCAAUGCGGGCAAGAGGUGCAGCAGUUACAGAUAUAGUAGUGCUUGUUGUCGCUGCAGAUGAUGGUGUUAUGCCUCAAACACUGGAAGCCAUAUCCCAUGCAAAAGCAGCUAAUGUACCAAUUGUGGUUGCAAUUAAUAAAUGUGAUAAACCAGGUGCUAAUCCAGAAAGAGUAAAACUGCAGCUUGCUUCAGAGGGCUUGGUGCUGGAGGAGAUGGGUGGGGAUGUUCAGGUUGUUGAAGUUUCAGCAAUUAAGAAAACUGGACUGGAUAACCUAGAGGAAGCUUUACUACUUCAGGCUGAUAUGAUGGAUCUUAAAGCAAGAAUUGAUGGGCCUGCUCAAGCAUAUGUGGUGGAAGCAAGACUUGACAAAGGACGGGGUCCAUUGGUAACUACUAUAGUGAAGGCAGGGACUCUAGUUUGUGGUCAACAUGUGGUUGUGGGCUCACAGUGGGGAAGAAUAAGGGCCAUUAAAGAUAUGGCAGGAAGGUUAACCCAACAAGCAACACCUGCUAUGCCUGUUGAGAUUGAAGGGCUUCGUGGACUGCCAAUGGCUGGUGAUGAUGUUAUUGUUGUUCAUUCUGAGGAGCGAGCAAGAAUGCUUAGUUCUGGUAGGCAAAGGAAAUAUGAAGAGAAUAGGCUUAGGAGUAAGAUGAUACAGGACAAGCGAACUAAUUCAGAUGAUAACGAAGAGGUUCCACAGAUAGUUGAAAUGCCACUAAUAGUAAAAGCAGAUGUUCAGGGAACAGUUCAAGCUGUCACUGAUGCAUUGAGAACUUUAAAUAGUUCUCAGGUUUUUGUGAAUGUUGUCCAUGUUGGUGUUGGGCCUGUUUCUCGAUCUGAUGUGGACUUAGCACAGGCUUGUGGUGCUUGCAUAGUUGGAUUCAAUGUCAAAAGUCCACCUACUGCACUUAGUCAGGCAGCAACUCGGGCGAGUGUCAAGAUAAUUCUGCACCGUGUGAUUUACCACCUCUUGGAGGACAUAGGCAAUUUGAUAAUAGAGAAGGCGCCUGGAACUUCUGAGACCCAGGUUGCUGGGGAGGCAGAAGUGCUGAACAUCUUUGAAAUCAAAGGGAGCAAGUCCAAGGGACCUGAUGUGAAAAUAGCUGGUUGUCGGGUUAUUGAUGGUUUUGUUACCAGGUCAGCAACCAUGAGGCUUCUGAGGAGUGGGGAAGUUGUGUUUGAAGGACUCUGUACAUCUCUUAAGCGUGAGAAGCAGGAUGUGGAUUCUGUGAAGAAGGGAAAUGAGUGUGGACUAGUAAUCAAUGAUUGGUGUGACUUCCAGAUUGGAGACGUCAUCCAGUGCUUGGAACAAGUCGUAAGGAAGCCCAAGUUCAUUAAGUCUGAGAGUGGUGCCGUUCGAAUUGAGUGCUGAUGAUUGAUCAAGUUCACGAUUCUUUCAACUCACAAUUUUGUGGUAAUAUUACACUUAGCAUCAGAAUAACUUAAUAUGGAUCAUGGAUGUUAGAGUAAUUAUUUUUUGUUGUGCCAAAGGAAAGUGUAAUUAAAUUUUGAAACAAUUUGAAACUCGCAGUAUACUAGAUUUUUGGACAAGUGCUCUGCACUUAUACUAUUCCGUGUUUUUGAAUUAUGUUACACCCAACCA